UCUUGACGUCCAAUAACCACAUACUUCCCAUCUUCAACUUUCCUACCCAACCAAUAUUUGUACCACCAACACUCUCCUAAUCAGAGACUUCGCAUCCAUUUACUACAUAAUCAAAUCCUACAUCAUCUUCUCAUAACCAUGUCGAGAUCCAGAGUACCUAUUGCCCUAGGCCUGACUGCCGUUGGCGGUGUCGGCUACUACUUAUACAGCGCCGGUGGCGACCCCAAGGUUGCUCAAAAGAAGGCUGAAGCCGACGCACACAGGGCCUCUGCCCAGUUCAAGUCUGAGAUACCCGGCCGAGGACAAGAGGUCAAGAAAGACGCUGAGAAGUACGGCGCGCAAGCGGGUGCCAAGGUCGACAGCACUAUAAGCAAGACGCAAGCUGAACUGCAAAAGGCUGCCUCCGAAGCCGAAAACUAUGCAAAGGACGCCAAGUCUGCUGCCUUGAAGAAGGUGGACGAGUUCGACAAGAAGGUGGAAGCUGAGGCAGCUAAGGCAAAGGGUGGUAUCUCGAGCUGGUUCGGCGGCGGUAAAUAAAUGUCUGAUGGUAUAGGGUUGAAAGGCCUAAGGAAUCAGAGGCUGGCCUAGUUUCCAAACAUCGUCUCAACUAAUUAAUCGAAUCGUUCAGUACGAUUCAUGUUCAUACGUUGGUAUCAAAGUGUCUAAUAGUAAUUUUUGUCUCCGAAUAGUUCAGAA